AUGCUUCUGCGACUCCCGCCCACGCUUCAUUACCCCAUCACCGUCAAAUCGCUGCUUAAGCGCCCGGGCGAUUCGGUAGAGCGGGGUGAUCAUCUGUUCUGGUAUGUCUACAAGACGACUGUUAUUGAGGGCGAUGGAUUAGGCAACGAUAUCGAGGUCCAGAAGGAAUUUCCUAUCAAGUUCGAGUCGAGCGUUGAUGGUACAGUGGUGGAAUGGAAGAUAUCCAAGGGAGACAUUAUCGAUGAACCGGUAAACGUUGUGGAGAUAGACGAGCCAUGCGCUCACGAAGUUCAGUUUGGAGGGAUGUGCGCAGAGUGCGGAAAAGACAUGACAGCUGCAAAUUACAACACCGAUGUCAUGGACGCAAUGCGAGCGCCGAUUCAGAUGGUUCACGACAAUACCGCGCUUACAGUCAGUCAAAGAGAAGCUACACGAGUUGAAGAGGAUGCAAAGCGCCGACUAUUGGCCUCUAAACGGCUGUCCCUAGUUGUCGACUUGGACCAGACUAUCAUCCACGCGACGGUAGACCCGACAGUUGGAGAAUGGAAGGAAGACAAGAAUAACCCGAACCAUGAAGCAGUCAAGGAUGUGCGCGCAUUUCAGCUUACUGAUGAUGGACCUGGUAUGCGCGGGUGCUGGUACUACAUCAAACUUCGGCCUGGUCUGGAGAGUUUCUUGCAGAAUGUUUCCGAACUUUACGAGCUACAUAUUUACACCAUGGGCACGAGAGCAUAUGCGCAACACAUCGCUAAUAUUAUCGACCCCGAUCGAAAACUCUUUGGUGAUCGCAUUCUUAGCCGGGAUGAAAGCGGCAGUCUUACCGCAAAGAAUCUACAGCGUCUGUUUCCUGUUGAUACCAAAAUGGUUGUGAUUAUCGACGAUCGCGGUGAUGUCUGGAAGUGGAAUCCUAACUUAAUCAAAGUAUCGCCAUAUGAUUUUUUCGUUGGCAUCGGUGAUAUCAAUUCGAGCUUUCUGCCAAAGAAGCAGGAGUUGGCGCCAGGGAAAACAAAGGGCGAAAAGCCAGCGGUCACCCCUCGUAGUGGACACCAUGUUAAUGGCACUACUCAAGCGAAGGAAGCUGGAAUGGAAGUCUCGGCGUUGGAACAACUUGUUACGAUGGGCGGAGGAGAUAAUCCAACAAUGCUUCAAGAGCAAACUACGCAACAAGAAGAAACAAUCAUGCACCAAGUGGAGGAUCGGCCGUUGCUACAGAAGCAGAAGGAGCUGGAUGCGGAAGAUGAUGCCUCAGAGUCACAAGCAGGUGCCGACAGCGAGACAUCCACAUCAAGUAUGGAGGAUUCUCAGGAUCUUACACGGCAGAGACAUCACUUACUGGAAGAUCAUGAUCAAGAAUUGUUCUAUCUACAAGACCGGCUGGAAAAUGUGCACAAGCAAUUCUUCGAAGAGUAUGAACGGCGUCGAAAGAGGAACCUUGAGAAAGGACGGAUUUCUAUACUCCGAGGCGAGAGGACUAUCCGUGAUCGGGAUAUUGACCUAGAAUUACUGCCUGAUAUCAAGGUUGUCAUGCCACAGAUUAAGGCUAAGGUUCUCGGGGGCGUUGUUCUCGUGUUUUCGGGGGUUUUACCUCUAGGAACCGACCUGCAGAAUGCCGACAUUUCGCUCUGGGCUAAAAGCUUUGGAGCUAUCAUUUCAUCUCGAAUCGGAUCCAAAACGACACAUUUGGUGGCAGGAAGAAACCGGACAGCUAAAGUGCGGGAGGCAACAAGAUAUCCUCGAAUCAAGAUUGUUACGACGCAAUGGCUUUUGGAUAGUUUGACAAGCUGGAAACACAUGAAUGAGGAACCGUAUCUGAUUCCGGUACAUCCAGAAGAUCGCGGCGAGCCUGUGUUGGGCAGUUCGCCUGGCUCUAAGCUCGGGAGUUCCUGGCUUUCUUCUUCCGACGAUGAUACGGGUGUAUCGCUUACAGAUGACGACGGUGUCAACGAAGAAAUCAUCAGAUCGUCCGGAAUGACCGAACAUUCGCCGGUCGGAUAUACCGCAGCGGAACAAGCAGCGGUGCACGACGAGCUCAAGGAGUUUCUGGGAAGUGAUGAUGAUGACAGCGACGACGAAGAAGAUGAGGAUUACGUCGACGAUGGAGAGGAAGAUGACGACGCGGAUAACGACAGCGAAGAAGAACUAGCCGUUCCAGCAAGUCCGGAAUCUCGCAAACGAAAACGUGAAGGGGACGAAGAACCAGAAGCUGAAGGCGAAGGCGCAGCUAUUGCACCCCUUACACAGCGACUGAAAAGAUCUGGAGGCGAUGAUGGCGAAGAUACAUCGAAACAAGACAUUGUCAUCACUACCGGGACCGGAGAAGAGGACGAAAGCUACAACCAAAGCAGCUACACAGAGAACGCAGACUACGAUGAGGACGAACUAGAGAGGGAAAUGCUCGCCGCCUUCGAGAACGGUGAAUACGACGAGAAUGCCGAAGACGCAAUUGGCGCAGAUAAUGGUUGA